CUUCCUCCAGCCUGGGCCGGCAACCGCCAUGGCCGCCCGAGCCACCCCACGAAGCCGCUUCCCCCGCCCACCUCCUCCACCCCGCGCGCUCCCGCCUGGCAUAGGCACGACCCCCUCCAUGUCCCCCACCUCCUCCCCUACUUCCCCCGCAAGAACCGGCGCCGAACCGUCGCCACCACCCCGCGUCGCCGGCGCCCCACUCCAUCGCCGGUUGCCGCCUCCCCCGUGCUCGAUCCCGCCUUUCCGAGCCUAUAAAAGACUCCCCGCACCUUGCUCUCCCUUUUUCCCCAUUUUCCCGAGCCCUCCCGUGCCCCAAAACCACCCACCCGCGCCGCUACCCAUCGCCACCGUUCGCCGGCGACCCUCGGUCGUGCGCUGCCGCCGCCCUAGCCACCGCCGGGCCGCGCCGCCACCACCCUCGGCUUCGCCCCGCUGAGCUCCACCCCGGCCUCCACUCCGUUUUCCUUUUCCACCCCCGAAAAGCUGCUCCCACCACCAACCUGAGCUCCACCACCACAUUGCCGACUUCAGCCGGCCACCACCGCCGCCCUAACCACCACCAUGCCGCGCCACCGCCACUGUCGGCUUCAGCGCUCCAAGCCAAGCACCGGCCACCGCCUCGUUCCUCCAAUCGGCCACCAAGCCGCCCUCUCCACUGCCAACCUGAGCCGCCACCGUCCGUGCUGCCUCGGCCACCGUCGCGACACGCCGGCUUCGCCGUGUCACGUUCUUCCCUGGCCGACGCCUGAACGCCGUCUUCCGCCGCCGGGAGCCACCGUAACCGUCUCCCCUCGCUCACCGGUCCCGCUGGCCCUCGGCCGCACCUCUGCCGCGGUCGGGAGUCGCCGAAGCGCCGUCCCCGACCCCAACCCGAGAAACGCCGCCGCCAAUCCUCGUCGUCAGUCGCCUUCCCGUCUUUGCCUCACCAUCCCCGUCCUCUUGGUGAGCCCCCUCUCCCUUCCACGCCGCCUCCCGUGUGUGUCGCCGCCGCCCACCACCGGCGACCAUAUGGCUGAGCGCCGCCGCCUUCUGGCCGGCUGCCGCUGCCCUGCUCGCCCCUGGCCACCUGGCCCCUUGCCGUGCCGCACUUGCCCGUGGCCGCCCGAUCGGCUGCUCUGGCCGAUCUGGGUCGUCCACGUGUUGCCCCACGAAGGUGCCCUCGUGGCGCCACGUCGGCGCCACCUCGCCCUCCCCGUCCGCCGUGGCCGCCAUGUGGCUGCCACGUAG